GUUUCUCACAGCAGAUUCUCCUUCAAGAUCUUACACGAAACUCCGCUGGCACAAGUGCAACCGCAGCGAGCCUGUGUUUUGGGCUGUCGGCGGCUGUAUGUCAAGAACUCGUGCUCUACAAGUCGCUGAUUGUUGACUUUCAGCUCAUUCUUCUCUCGUCGUCCGGUGUCUUCAUCAGCGACACCACCAACCAGGCAGCUUCAAGUAUAUCGGACCUUGGAUUCUACACGGCAUAUCCUGCAACGGCAUCGAUGGCGUGGCAGCUCUUUGGCUCGUCGGACUGCUGGAGUGGCUCUCCGAGCUACAUCUUUGUGGGAUACUUGCAAGGCUCCGGCUUUGCCAAUGCCGUUGCCUACAGCACUCCUCUACUUGCCCGGAAUGCAUCGUGGUUCAAGGUCUCUCUCCUGUCCAUGGAUGCCUCCAUAACCACAAGCUUCGCCCUAAUCGGCUGUCUUCGAGAUGCCAUCACUCGCCAAAACAUUUAUCUCGUUGGCGUGCCCACGGCUGGGUCGUCCAACUGUGGAGUUGUCUCUUGCACUUACCAGCAGGCUCGAAUAAUCUUCCACUCCACCACCGUGGCCUCGCCCACCUCCACAUUUUCCCUCGGAUUCGUGUUUCCAUCCUCGGAAAUUGUCACGGGCAUAGCCAUGCACUCCAACUCCCAGGAGCUCUUUGUGAUGGGUAGUCAGCUGUGGCGCUCGUCCGAUGGAGGGAAUCUGUUCACAGCGCAAUACCAGCUUAACAGCGGAGAAUAUUUCUCUGGAUUCCAAUCGGAGAACACCUUUGGUGGAUAUGUGAUCGAGACAACGGCUAUGGGACUUUAUUAUGGCAAAGACUAUUCUCUCGGCAUCGCUCGACUAGCAUCGGUCUCGCUCAAUCCAGCAAGUAUGUCCUCGGCUAUCCUCAACAAAGCCGGGGGUCUCAAUUACGUACGCCUUGAGACUGUACCUUCGUACUCCUCCAAUCAGUCGCUCUACCCGCAAGGCUUCCUGAAAGAUAGCUCCGGGACGCUACGAUCUUAUCCAGACUCGUUUGUCAAGCGCUGGACCAUCCCACUUCAAUCGCUCCUCGGGGCUACCGACAUGUCGUUUGGCUCUGCAUUGGUUCCGGUGAUGCAGCAAGAUGGCCGACUGAGCUUCUACGCGGCGAGUACAGCCACGAGCAGCACUGUGUUUCUUCCCUCUCACAUCGGUGGGCUCAUCGGCCUCGCAAGUGGCGGAGUUGUCUUUAUCGAUGGAAUCGAUUCCUCGGGCCGCAUCGCUUUCGGCAUCAUCAGAACCCCACUAGCAUCAGACUCGGCCUCCAUAGCACCCGCCCUCUCGAGUUCUCUCGGCAUCAGCGGUGCCACGACGACCUCCUCCAUCCUGGCGGCUCUCAUCCAACCAACCGCUGUGACGUUUAAUGUCACGCUGACCCUUAUCAGUCCGCCCACCGGGUCGGUAUGGCUGUACAGCGAUAUUGGAAAAACAGUGAUCGCCAACUCCGCCUCGAUUCUGAUCACGGGUAUUGUUAACAGCACAAUGGCAUCGGGGGAACUGUAUUUUGGGUUGACAUCAAGCGCCGUGGCAUCGCCGGGGACCUGGGGCAUAUACGACUUCCGGUCGGCAAAUAACGUUGCCUUGACCCAGUCGCAAACCCUUGGGGUAUCCUCGGUCGCCAACUCAACACUGGUUGGACUUCGACUUUCGGCUGGGUUUAUGUCGUUCCAGUACACAGACGUGGGCUCGGUGAUCUAUACCAGCGACGGUGGACAAGCGCAAAUAAUGUACCUCCUCGACUCUCUCAAUGCUGCGGUGGCUCCCAUUCAGCCGUUUGCACAAGCAACCUACUCCCCUGGUACCUGGAAUAUAGUUCGCCCACUUCCCGGAAAUCUCAUUCAAGGAAUUGCUUCAUCGACAUCGAAUCAGGCGCGAUCAUGGACACUCUACCUAGACGAGUGUGGGUGGACAAGGAUGCCAAAUCAGGAUACCUCCCUUUCGUCCGUUCACUAUCUCAGCUAUGGGGCAAACAUCAGUUAUGCUAUUGGUAUCCAGUUUAGCUCUGGUUCAGAAAUAGCUGCCUUGGGCUGGAAUGUCCACCAAUCGACUCUUCGCUCCUUGAACACCACGGACUAUAUGAUCGGCCAAACGAUCAACACGCAAUGGCUUCAGAACAACGUGACUGUUGAGAUAGUCGACACGGGGAUUGUUCACGAUAUUAGUACCCAGUGGAAGAUCCCAAAGUCUUCAAUCCGAUGCCAGGAGAGUCUCGGCUCGCAGAAAUUUCGAAGCGGCUGCUCGCCUCAGCGGUACCUGACACCGAGUACACUUCCCAUGGCGGAAUAUCUGUCAGACUCUGCUAUACUUCUCUUGGAUCUUCCGCUCAUGCAAGCGCUCCCGUAUAACUAUCGGCCUCCCUCCUCGCAGGGCGACUCAAUUCCAACAUCAUCCAACAUUUACAACGCCGCUCCUGAGCGCCCGCGUUAUAACGAUCGCUACGAGAUCUCAAAAUCAACUGGUGUAUACAAGCAGUGCGCCGGAAAGCCAAAUCGACAAGCUUGCGGAUGUACGGAUGAAGAACGGGUGUCGAUGAUGGUCAUGUACUCGGACUGUAUCGACCGGGCAGUCAAUGUGUUCUACGACACCGCCUUCCUGCCACAGCUCUUUAUCAAGGACAAUCCAGGCGGAACGGCCCCGCUGCAGUCUCAAUACAAGCUUGUUGAGCUCAAUAAUAGAACCGACUUUUGCGCACCCUCCUCGCUUUGUGCCAAUCCACAGCAGGUCAUCAUGGAUCCGACCAAUAACGACUCGAUUGUCUGGCAGGGAUCGCAACUAUUCCACUUUCGGGCAACAGUGAUCGGGACAGAGUAUUGCAAUCUCAGCGCCGAGUUCAUGGUGUAUGUGGUCGAGCCCAGUAACACAAUCAACCAGAUCGCAACAGGGAUGGCGGUCACUGGUGUUGUCUUCUGCGUACUGCUUUUUGCCUGCUAUUUAUACUACAGCUAUAAGCAGUCGGUUGCCUGGUAGUGGUAACUAUUGACUUGAUGACCGUCAGAGACAUAAAUCUUUCUCUACGAAGCAGCGGAUGCCAUACAAGACGCGGCGACAAUCCAGCAGACCCCAAACAGCAUCGGAUCGUCAACUUGAGAGCUACGUGGGCGAACUUGAGGGGGGGGGUUUGUUGUCAGAUGGUGCACAAUCACACAUUGCUUGG